AUGGCCAUCAUCAAUGUGGAGAAGCUCAUCAUUCUUGUCCAAGAACGGCCCCUAUUAUGGGACACCAGGUCAGAGCUAUACCAUGACCGUGUCAGAAAAGAUCCGGCAUGGGAGGAGCUCACAAAGGAGCUGCAUCCUGAGGAGUGGGAGAAAGCAAGCAAGGUCCUGCGAAAGAACAUGGUAAAAAUAGCAAAGACAAGGUGGAACAGCACCCGUGAUCAAUUUAGAAGGGAGCUGUCGGAAACUUCACGUAGCGGUGACGGGGGUGCAAAGAAACGUCCCUACAUUUACACCAAGCAGCUGCGGUUCUUAAGAGAUAUCAUGGAGUUGCCACCCACUGUUGAUAAUCUGGAGGAGCAGACUGGGUCGAUAGAUUCGGAUGAGACCCAAAUAGAGACACAGAAAUCACCAGAUGUCGCCACAACAAACCCACCAGAGAUGUCACAGCAAAUUCAGACAUCAAGUGGUCCAGAGGAAACACCAGCAGAGAUCCAUCCAGCACCAAGACGUCGGAGUCGGAAUCCUCCUGUGCAAGCACCAACAGAUAAUCGUGCUGUCAUAGAUAGUCGAGUUCUAGACUAUCUAAACAGAAAUCAAUCAGAGAGCCCUGAGGAAUUAAUGCUCCGCUCUCUGGGUCCAUUCCUCUCUCGUGUGCCAGAAGUGCGUCGGCCCGUGUUCAUGUCUACCAUGAACACGAUCCUUGAUAUCUUCUCAUGGCCCCAAGACCCCGCAGAAUUGGUACAUAUAAUAGAGCAAUACAAAUGGAGAGUAAUUGGAACACCAUGGGUUCCAGUAAGCACCCCUGGGCCUCGUCCAUCUCUGUCCAGAUGCCCUGUUACUUCCCCACCACUGUACAGCCAUGAUUGGCCAGCAGCUCUUAUACUGGCCAGAUACACCGACGUGAACAUGAAGAGGGACGGGCCACCUCCACAAGGCCUACAGGCCAAUUUACUAGGGAAUUAUUUGAGUUGGAUGGGAAACCUCUCAUUUUUGGAGUACAGUUAG